CCGGAUGUCUGUGUUCCCAACUUUUACCGUGCAUGAUGGCCGACCUGUAUGGCGACCUCGACACUUCGGUGGACGGCCGAAGCAGUAUCCAUCUCAAGAAAGAGCUGCAAGUCGUCCAAGCGCAAUACGAUAAGCUCCAGAAGGAUGCAGCCAAUCUACAGCGGUUGAACCAAGAGCUGGCAGACCAAAACGCUGUCCUCGAGACAAAUCUGUCGGUGGUGUUUGCGACGGCCCAGACAGAAAUCGCACGAAAGGACAAAACCAUCAACGAGCUGCGCGAGGAACUGCACCGAGCGUCGCGGAGUGGUCACCAAGGACAAGGUCGUGGCGCACACUACUCAAGAGAGCGAUCCAGUCAACCCUCCAUAAAUCGGGACCGUCAAUGAAUCUUUCAUCAUAUCGUCA